AUAAUCUUGUAUUUACUAUUUAGAGUACCUAGUUCGAUUACACUUUAGUAUUUUGCUAUUAAAACCAUUAAAAACUUCAAAAUGUGUGUUUGAUCUUGACAUGUUAUUUUACCUUAUAAUAUGUUCUUUUUAAAACAAUAGUAUAAAGCAUAUUACAAUUUUAUUUUUUCGCUUAAUUUUAUCAAUAUUCCUUGUUUGACAAUGGAGGAAUGUGCAGGGUUUAAAGUUCUUCCUGUAAAAGUGAAUGCAGGUAGUAAGGUAAUUCGUCAUCUGUUCAUGAAAAUGCAUGUGGUCAGAGAAAAGUGUCCACUGAAGCCGGAAUAUCAAACACUCUUUGUUGUUAACAUUCCCGAUUAUUGUGAUAAUCAAGUUAUUAAACAUGCUUUUCGUCGUUGUGGAAAAAUAAAAGCUAUAUAUUUUCAUAAAGAAGCUACUCCAAUUGAACCAGAAGUAAUAUCUUCAAAGUAUUUCUGUCCACAAUCACCUUCAGGUUUCAAAGUGGCAUACAUUGUGUUUUCUCAUACUUCAGGAUUGGAUAAUGCUUUAUCAUUGAAAUGCACCGAAAGUAAUCCAUUCAUUUUAUCAACUGAUGCGGCUCCCUUAAAAAAUGUAGUCAAACGUUGGUGUGUUAACUAUAAUGACAAUAUAAUCAAUCCAGUAGAAGUACAAAGUGAAAUUGAUUCAUACAUGGUGGACUAUGAUGAAAAGUCAGAAAUACGUAUUCAAGCUGAAAAAGAAGCAGAAGAAGAAGACAACGAAGGAUGGAAAACUGUAACGAAAAGAGGACGAAAUCCUGGAUUUGCACGCAAAGAAACAAUAACAAAAAAUAUUUUAAAGAGAGAAGCAAAGAAAAAGAUGAAGAAAACCUUAAAGAAUUUCUAUAGAUUCCAGAUAAAGGAGUCUAAAAUAAAUCAAUUAAUGGAACUGCGAAACAAGUUUGACAAUGAUAAAACUAAAAUAGAUCUACUGAAACAGAGUAGAAAAUUUAAACCGUUUUAAUUUAUCAAUUUUGUUUACGGCUAUUAUUAAUUUUUAAUAUAUUGAAUAUUUUGUUGUAAUUUGACAAAGAAAAAAAGAGUAAAUACAGUAUUUUGACUUUUUUUAUUAUUAAUAUCUAUAGAUAGAAAAAUAUUACAAUUCUAUGAUCCUAUAUAUUUAAAAAAUAUUAAACUGACAACAUUUUUUAUUAU